AUGAUGAAGGGAAAUCAAACCAAUGUGAAGGAAUUUAUUCUGCAUGGGUUCCCUGGUUCUCGUUAUUUGCAGAUCUCACUCUUCAUGCUAUUCUUGUUCAUGUACCUCCUGACACUCACAGGAAACAUCACCAUCAUAUCCUUAGUGGGGACCCACUGUCGCCUCCACACCCCUAUGUACUACUUCCUCUGCAAUCUCUCCUUCCUGGAGAUCUGGUUCACCACAGCUACCAUCCCCAAGACUCUUACCAAUCUCGUGUCCCAAAGCAAAACUAUCUCCUUCCUCAGCUGCCUCCUGCAGAUGUACUUUGUCUUCUCUCUAGGCUGCACUGAAUUUCUACUCCUGGCUGUCAUGGCCUAUGAUCGUUAUUUGGCCAUAUGCCACCCAUUGCACUAUAGCUCCAUCAUGAACAGCACCUUGUCCACCCAGUUGGCCAUUGGCUCAUGGGUAGGUGGCUUCCUGACUAUUUCUGUGCCAGCAUUUCUGAUCACUAGGUUGUCCUUCUGUGGCCCUACGGUCAUCAACCAUUUCUUCUGUGACAUAGAUUCUUGGAUAGAGCUCUCCUGCACAGACACGCACCUCUUUGAGAUUGUGUACAUUACUAUCUGCUUUAUUGUCAUCCUGGGCUCCUGUGCAGUCACCCUGGUCUCCUACAUUUACAUCAUCUCCACCAUCCUGAGAAUCCCAUCUGCCCAAAGCAAGAAAAAGGCCUUUUCCACUUGCUCUGCCCAUCUCACCAUUGUGGUUAUAUUGUACGGCUGCGCCAUCUUCCUGUAUGUCGAGCCUUCUAAACAGAACUCACUGGACAUGAACAAAAUUGUCUCUGUCUUCAAUACUAUUGUGACACCAUUGCUUAACCCUUUCAUUUACACUCUAAGGAAUAAAGACUUCAAGGAAAUCUUGAGAAAGGCUUUUCAUAGGACGUGA